AUGGCUUAUAAUCAAGAUAAUGAUUAUCUCAUGAUAGUUAAGGUUGAUAAUCAAUGUAACAUUAAACUGAUCAACAUAAAUCAGUGUAAUUAUGUUAACAGUUUAGCAGAUAACUUGAAAUCAUCAUCAUCAUCAUCAUCAUCACCAUCGCCAUCAUCAUCUUCAUGUUCAUUAACACCAUCUAAACAAUUGGAUAAUAAACAGAGUGAGUUGAUUAAUUUAAUCCGAAGUCAAUUGAAAUUGUGGAUCAAUUCAUUGGGCGUUCAAUCAGCUGAGGCUCAGAAUCUCAAGGAACCGAUUACAUGUCAUACCCGAUUCAUUCAAGGCUCAUUCAGAUCAAAUUCACCACUUAAACAUAAUGAUUCAAUUUACUUUCUGGUUCACCAUCAAUCAGUUAAUCAUCAACCUUCAACAACAAUUACCAAUAAUGAUAAUUCAUCAGAUGAAAACAAUAGAAUACAAUUAAAUGCCAUUGGGUUAAUUCGUGUUGGUUUCAGGAAUUUGUUUCUUCAACAAUCAGAACAAUUGGUUAACGUUAAUCGUUGUUUCUCAAUUCUAGAUUUUUACAUAACUCGCCAACGGCAAGGAUUAGGUAAAUUGUUGAUCUCUUGCGUUCUCAAAGAUCAAACAAUUAAUAUCAACAAAUGUGCGUUCGAUAGACCGACAAGCGCUUUAUUGUCAUUCUUGGGGAAACACUUCAAUUUAGGGUCACCACAGAAACAGCACAAUCGAUUUGUCAUUUACGAUGGAUUCUUUUCUUAACUGUCCAGUUCGAGAGAUGGACAAUUGCGAUUAUUGUUCGCAGAUGAAAUCGUUUCACUUUUCGUUUUAUACUCAAUUGAAUUUCUUUUUUUUUAUUCCGCGAUAAUUGUCAUUCUUUGAAUUAAUUUAAGUUCAUUUCUUUCUUCUUCUCGCACAAUCAAAAUUAGAUUAAUCAUAUUAUUAUUAUUAUUAUUAAAGAAUUAUUAUUAUACAAUCAA